AUGUGGGAAGAGGAAGAUCAAGAAGUUCUUCUGGGUAUACUGCUGGUAACCAAAGGAACUCCGGGUGAAAAAUUACUGUACAUGUAUCCAUAUCGAAGGGUCCCUACACAAGAUAAUGAGCCUGCUCCGAAUAACACUUCACCACUGAGUAGGAAAGAGGCUGAUGCGUUCCAAAUGAAUAAAUCGUUGAAUUCGUCGAACUUUGCCGAUUUAUUCCCAACUCAAUUCGGGUUGACAUCGAGUAUGCUUGCGAGUAUUUUAUGUGUUAAAUCGGAAUCGUACGAUCAGAGGUUCGAACUGAAAGUUGAUAACUACCGCUUUGCUGGUUAUCCCAAAACGGUCUCUACUCUGAGUGAUUAUUGUUCUGAAAUGUUUUCAAUAGUUUUUGUUAUGCCUUCGUAUGUUGAAGAUCAUGUUGUUCUAAACUUCCAGAUUUUGAGUCAUAAAUUGGCUUUAGCUAUCGACUCUUUACAAACAUUGAAAGGCUAUUUUGGUGUUCAGGAGAAAGAGAUGCGAUUAAUAUUAGACAAUUUGGAAACUCUCUCGCCUGAUGAGUUGAUUAGUUUACAAAACCCGUGGGAAAAGGUUAGAAGUGAAUGCUCCCUGGCAGCUCUACUAGCCAGAGUGUUCGAUGAUGUUUGUAGUACAGGGAUAGUUAGAGUUUUUGUUGAUGACUUUAUAGAAGUUGGCUAUUGUGUAGAGUCGAGAGCAUUAGCCCAGGCACAAUUAACUCCCAAAAGUCGAGCAGAAAUUGAUAAACUGAUUCAAAUGAUCAGGCCGUAUCAUGUUGCACUGUUCAUGAAACAUUCCACCCCGAAUAUAGGGUUAUCAGACAUAUCAGUUUUGAGUGGUAUUCCUUUGAAUCAGUGUUUUUUGAUUGUUCGUCAUUUAUUGUUAUGGGCUCGCGCCCUUGUUAUAUAUCCUAUCUGUAGCAAAAACGAUUAUAGCUCAGCAACAAGACCACGGCCCAUAGAAAGGCAAGUUGAAGCUUGGAAUAAACAGUUUGGAUCCGAACUGCCAAUGGGAACAGCGUUAUCAUACUUCAACCCGCCCGCCACACUUGAAAACUAUAUCAGAAAAACUCGGAUUGAAUAUUCGACUUAUGUUGCUCAAAUAGCAUUUCUUCUUCGGCAUCAGCUCAUCGUGCAAUUGCAUAAGGUGUGCUACAUCCUCCCACCGUACUCGAACGCAGAUACGUUGAAGCCGGGUGAAGAUUUACCGGGAGACUUACAUGAUAUGAUUUUGAAAGGAGAUUUGAUGGAUGAAGUGAAACCUAUUGUUGCUGAUUUGUGUUGUCAAAUGUUGGAUAGCGAAAGCUACAGUAAAGUCGAAAGACGGUUGAAGUUAUUCCUCCGUAUGGCUCCAUACAUGAAAGGGAUGCAUCAUCUAGAAGAUAUAACGUUCCGUUUGAGUGAAAGUAGACAUGUCAUCGAUGAAGUCUUGAGUUCCUUCUCAAUGGUGAUAUCAACAUUACAAAGAGUAGAUUUUACGAUUGAAUAG